AUGGAAUCUAGGGGGGACGACACUGAAGUCGGCAACGGGUUCUUUGUCCAUGUGCCAGGGGCCAAGAGAAAGUUCAUUCUUACGGCCGGUCAUAACUUAGUGUCGAAAACGAAACAUACAGAGCUCAAGGCUCACCUUUCUAAUGGUCAAGUGAUAAACAUAUCGGAGGAUGACGUUCGAGUUACCGAAGACUGGAAACAAUAUCCCGAGGAACGCCGUGCCGCCCAGCAUGACUACGGAGUCAUCCUCCUAGGAGAUGAGGUUAAAAUACCUGGUGAUUUCGGCUUCUCUCUGCCUCUCAGCUUGGCAGACCGUCUUGAUUGCGAGCUGUCAGUGAAUGGCUAUCGUGUUACUAGCGAUCACCCCCUGACCAGUACCGGUCCUUGCGUAAACCCAAUUAUACAUGACAAUCAGCUGGAGUACAUGAUUGAGACAGAAGGGGGCAUCAGCGGCUCACCUGUAUGGGUCGGCUACAAAUCACAACCAACUGUGGUUGCAAUCCACAACUACGGUCCGAAAAUCAAGAAUUCACACUAUGGUAGCAAAGGCACGCGCAUCAACCUGAAAUGCCUUCGCAACAUCUUUGACUGGACGGGCGUUGACAUGACGCCAAAGCUUCUGCGUGCCAUCGAUCCCGAGUCCAAGUUGGUGGUGCCGUCUCUUCGAUUAAUAUAUUGGGCACAAGAUAGUGCCUUUCGCGUUAUUGUUGAUGAGGUCGAUGAACCGGCAGAGACGAUGCUCAUCAGCGUCUUCCCAGUCUAUGCCGGGCCGACUGGUGCGAACCAUAUCAAGUCGGGUUAUGGAUUCAUGCAGACGCGUCCUGACGGUUGGUUGCGUUGGCUAUCCUGGAACCCGCCUCCUGCUUCUACAACCUGA